CCUAUAAGAGCCUGGGGCCGGGCAGAGGGCGGCAGAGGGAGCCGGGAGCUGCUGCAGGCACGGCCCCGGCAGCCAUGGCGACGCUUUACCCCUCCCUCGAGGACAUGAAGGGCCACCAGCUCCUGCAGGUGCAGGCAGCAGCCGGGGUGAGGACCCCCCCCACGACCGUGGUCACGGAGAAGCCAAAGCUCAGCUCAGACACCGCGCCGCCCGUGCUGUACCCGGACCUGGCCGAGCUGGAGAACUACAUGGGGCUGGCUCUGUGCAGCGAGGAGAUCCAGAAGAACCUGCUCCCGGAAGGCAGCGCCUCCGCCCUGACCCCCAGCGGGCCCCCCCCGGGGUCGGUGGUGGCCCCCCUGAGCGGGAGCAGCGCGGGGCUGCGGCGUGCGGAGAUCAAACCGGGCGUGAGGGAGAUUCACCUCUGCAAGGAUGAGCGGGGCAAGACGGGGCUGCAGCUCAAGAACGUGGACCAGGGCAUCUUCGUGCAGCUGGUGAAGGCCAAUUCACCAGCGGCGCUGGUGGGGCUGCGCUUCGGGGACCAGGUCCUGCAGAUGGACGGGAGGAGCUGCGCGGGCUGGAGCAGCGCCAAGGCACAGCGGGCGCUGAAGAAGGCGAACCCCGAGAGGAUCGUGAUGGUGGUGCGGGACCGGCCGUUCCAGCGCACGGUCACUGUGCACAAGGACAGCACCGGCCACGUCGGCAUCGUGGUGAAGAAGGGGAAAAUCGUGUCCCUGGCCAAGAACAGCUCCGCUGCCCGCAACGGGCUCCUGACCCAUCACUACAUCUGCGAGGUGAACGGCCAGAACGUCAUCGGCAUGAAGGAUAAGCAGCUCAUGGAGGUGCUGGCGGGGGCCGGGAACGUGGUCACACUGACCAUCAUCCCCACUGUGAUCUACGAGCACAUGGUGAAACGGCUCUCCCCAGGGGUGAUGAAGUCGAGCAUGGACCACUCCAUCCCUGACCUGUGAGGACAUCGCUGCUGGA